CGUCACGACCACAGAACUGUUCUCCAUUACGCCGUAUUGAGUGGUAAUAUAGAUAUCGUACGACUGCUUCUGCAUCACAGCGCGAACGUCAGGUUUCCGCACGACUUUCAAAAGCCCACUCCUCUUGACUUCGCUAUAUUGAGGGGAAACGUGGAAAUGGUUAAACUGCUCAUCCAUUCGGGUGCAGACGUGAACGUCGGAUCUCCAAUCAUAGGACUGCCCCUCCAUAUCGCUCUCUCGGAAAAAGUUGAGAACAAAGUGGAAAUCGUGAAAAUCCUUUUGGACGCCGACGCCGACCCCAACGCCAUUACAGUCGAUGAAAGGGGUCCUCUACUGAAACCCCCUUUAGGA